UAUUAUCUAACUCCAGAGCUUCUUCUUCUUCUUUCUUCUAUCUAUUAUCUCUUGAAAACCCAAAAGACUUUCUUCUAUCUUAAGAGCUGCUUCCUCUUUGUUUUUCUUUCUCUUUUCUCUUGAAAACCCAAAAGCCUCCCUAGUUUUGAGACUGUUUCUUCUUCUUCUUCUUCUGUUGAAAGCUUCUUAUCUGUUGUUAUAGAGAGAGAGAGAGAGAGAAGAAAUGAGUGCUUCAAAGUUCAUAAAAUGUGUGACAGUUGGGGAUGGGGCAGUUGGGAAGACAUGCAUGCUCAUCUGCUACACCAGCAACAAGUUCCCUACUGAUUAUAUACCAACUGUUUUUGACAACUUCAGUGCAAAUGUGGCUGUGGAUGGGAGCAUUGUCAACUUGGGUCUGUGGGAUACUGCAGGCCAAGAAGAUUACAGUAGAUUAAGGCCAUUGAGUUAUAGAGGAGCAGAUGUGUUUGUUUUAGCUUUCUCUUUGCUCAGCAAAGCAAGCUAUGAGAAUGUUCUAAAAAAGUGGAUGCCUGAGCUUCGUCGAUUCGCACCCAAUGUUCCCAUUGUUCUUGUUGGGACGAAAUUAGAUCUCCGCGAAGACAAAGGUUAUCUGGCUGAUCAUCUAGGCAGUGCGGCAAUAACAUCUGCUCAAGGAGAGGAGCUUAGGAAACAAAUAGGUGCUGCAGCGUAUAUUGAAUGCAGUUCUAAAACUCAACAGAAUGUCAAAGCUGUUUUUGAUACUGCAAUCAAGGUUGUGCUCCAACCUCCGAGAAGGAAGGAGAUGGUGAAGAAGAAGAGACGUAGACGGUCUGGUUGCUCAAUAAUGAAUAUCGUGUGCGGAAGCACAUGUGUGGCUUAGGAUGUUCAGCCAUCUUCCACGGAUGCUCUCGAGCAUUGCCUGUGUGCUAUGUUUGUAAGUGUUGGGACGGCCAAUACCUUUCUCAAUCGUUAUAUGUGUGUAGUGUUACCGUUGCAAACCGUCUUGUUGUUGUUUCAUUUCUUCCAUCACAAGUACCUAGAAAUUUUUUGCAGGGCAGAGGGAAUUUUUCGUUCUCUCUGGAUCUGGUUCAAGAAUUCUUGUUUUCAAUGUUGCUGUAGGUUUCUAGAACUCUUGUUCCUCACGUAUUUUGAUUAUUGUAUGUUUCUCACUAAUCUUUCUUAGUAUUUGUUGAUCUCAAUGUAGAGAAAUCAUGCGUUCGUAUUA